AUGGCACUUCCGCUCCCUCCCGGUCUCACGCCCAACGAAGUCGGCUUCCUCUGCGAAAUGGAAAUGGUCACCGUGAUCCCGCGGCAGAGACUGGACGGACUCGAGCUGCUUGGUGUGAGUAGUACAGUGGCAGCAGCGUAAGACUGUUGAAGACCCCAUCGAAAUCGACCGUGACGAAGAUACUCAUACUACACUACACACACUAGGGACCCACAGAACGCCUCAAUCCGCCCUUCCCCGCCCAGAUCCCCCUCUGGCUCGCCCUGCUACUCAAGCGGCAGCAACGCGCCAACAUCUUCCCCCCGCCCUGGCUGAGCGCGGAAGCCCUCACCGGCAUCCUCGACCUCGAAACCGACGAACGUCUCGCGGGAAUCUUCUCCCCAGGCCCCGAACCCCCCGCGCCCCGAAGCACACUCAGCAUGCCCGAGGACGCCUACCUCGCGCAGGAAACGCUCGAACUCUCCCCGCCCUACCUCAGGGACACCUGCACCGCGCGCGCCCCGGGAAAUGCUCUGCCCUACCACUGGAACGAGCUCUCGCAUCUGCUCCUCGCACACGCAGCGGAUGACUUUGACGAGCCGGAUACCAUCCGCCGACUGCUGCGGGAUUUGAAAGAGGUGCGCAUGAGCAAGUUGAGGAAGGGGUUCCGAGUUUUGGAGGCGAGUGCUGGGGUCAAGAUGAAUGGGGUUGGGGGGAUGGAAAUCGCCGAAGUGAGAGGGUUUGUGGGCGGUGUGGUGGAUGGGUUGCGGAGGAUCAAUAGAUCGAGGGAGGAGACGAGGAGGGAACAGGCGGAGGAGGAAGGGCGGGGGGGCGGGUAUCGAGAUGAAGAUGAUGACAUGGAAUUGUGA